UCCACCGCAGCCUCCGCGGGCGCCUCUUCCCCCGGCGGAACCAUGGCCACCGAGCACAGCUACAUCCGCACCGUCCUGGGCCACCAGACCCUGCAGGAGCUGGACAGUUCCACCCUGGCUCUGCCCUCCGAGGACCGGCUCAAACAGCAGGGCAGCCGCGCCGGGCAGCAGAAAAGUAUCCGCAUCCAGCAGCAGGUCCAGCAGUCGCUGGCCAGGAAAAAGAGAGGCUCCGUGGGCAAUGGCAGUCUCCAUCGGGCCAUCAGUGUUCCAGAAAAUGUUUAUAACCUGGACACAGUGGAAGUGGAAGAACUGGGAGGAAAAACAAAAAAGCUCUGUUCUUAUGAUGACUCUUGUCCCUUUUUGCUUCAGGUGGCCUCACCAGGCUCUUACAGAAAUAGAUGGGGGACUGGAGCCCCACAAUAUACUUCUUACAAGACAAUGGAAGAGAAGUAUCAAAGGCAGCCUCUGAAGAGAUUAGAAGUUUCUCCCCAGAAAGGUCCCGAGAAGCUGGUAUACAAUGAUUUCCACUACAACAGGGGAUUCUCUCGGAGGCCUGGUGAUAGCAGGAGAUCCAAUGUUAGUGUUCCACCAAGAUAUGCUCGUUCUGAUAUUGUUGGUCCCAGUAAUCAUGAUUCUGCAAUCAAAGAGCAGAUGUAUCAAACCCAUUUCCAUCUAGGGUCUUUUAAUGACACAGUCUUUGACAGUGCCCCCAGCAGCCCAGCUGUAGUUAUGUACCCACAAGUGGGGAACAGUCGCAGUAUGACCAACCUCUUGGAGAAAGAGAACUACCUGACUAAUGGUAGUGCUGUGGGACAAGUCAGAUCACCAUUUCUUUCCCACGCUGGAUUUCAGAACAGGCAGUCUUUGAAGACCAGCUGGCAACAAAAUACCUUCAGAAACACUCAGUCCACAAGGGAAAUUCCCCAGGCAACCGUAAUGACCAGUCGUAGUGCAGAAACAGGUGGGAAGAAGAUGGCAUUGACUGCAGCUAUGGCAGCAGCCACAGAAAAUGAUCUCUUACGCACUGAAAAAGUUGUCGCCAGUGGCACACAGCUUGGGAGCCCAGAAGGGGAGAUGACUCUGGAGCGUGCAGUGAGCAUUUUGGAUACCGAAAAGACGUCCUCAUUACCCAGGAUCCUUGCUGCCAUUACCUUUAUACAGCACGAGUGUUUCCAGAAAGCAGAAGCCAGAAAGAAAGUUUAUUUCCUUCGUGGCAUUCCCAAGCUUCUACAGCUUGUAAAAACGCAGAAUGGGGAAGUUCAGCGGCUGGCAUGUGGAGCUUUGAGGAACUUGGUAUAUGAAGACAAUGACAACAAACUAGAAGUGUGUGAGCAGCAUGGGAUCCCAGUCCUGCUCCAUGUACUCAGACAAACCAAGGAUGUGGAGACUAAGAAGCAGAUAACUGGUUUGCUGUGGAACUUGUCCUCCAAUGACCAGCUGAAGACCCUGCUGACCCGAGACACUCUGGAGCCACUGACAGAGACCAUUCUUAUCCCCUACUCCGGUUGGCCAGAUAGAGAUUACCCAAAAUCGAGUAUUGUAUCUGACCCUGAUAUCUUCUACAAUGCCACAGGAUGCCUGAGAAACUUGAGUUCUGCUGGACCAGAAGGAAGGAAAAAGAUGAGAGAAUGUGAUGGAUUGAUUGAUUCUCUUGUGUAUUACAUCCAAGGAACCACUGCAGACCACCAGCCUGAUGACAAGGCCACAGAAAACUGCGUGUGCAUCCUGCAUAACCUCUCCUACCAGCUAGAGUCAGAGCUUCCUGGCAGUUACAGCCAAAACAUUUAUAUGCAAAGAAGAAAUUCUCCUACCAAUGAUAAAAGCAUGGGUUGCUUUGGAACACGCAGCAAGAAAGUGAAAGUGAAGCAACAAGAUAUUCUGCUACGUGAGGAAAAGAGCAAUCCCAAAGGUGUAGAAUCACUCUGGCAUUCCACACUUAUUAGGAUAUAUCUCUCCUUAAUAGCAAAAAGUACAAGAGACUUCACCCAAGAGGCAUCUUUGGGAGCUCUCCAGAACCUCACCGCAGGUAGUGGACCAAUGCCGUUUUCAGCAGCUUAUACUGUGGUCCAGAAGGCAAAUGGCCUUCAGAAUAUUCGAUACAUGCUGCAUGUAAGCAAUCCAAAUGUAAGGAAGACAGCUGUUUCAUUGCUCCGGAACUUGUCUCGCAAUGCCUCUCUGCAGAGUGAAAUAGCCAGAAACGUCUUAUCAGAUUUGGUCUCCAUACUUCCUGACUCUGUCCCAGGGUCAGAUGUUACCAGUGAGACCACAGCUUCUACCUGCUACACCUUGUACAACCUGACCCAUAACAGUUCCCAGAAUGCACGGCUUCUCCUAAAUACAGAUGGCAUACCAAAGAUAAUAAACAUCAGCAUGAGUGACAGCAAUGCACUCAGCAAAACUAGCAAAGCUGCCUCAAUCCUCCUGUACUCCUUGUGGUUACACACUGAUCUCCACAGUGCCUACAAAAAGGCUCAAUUUAAGAAGAUAGUUUUCGUCAAUAACCGGACAACGAGAGCAUAUAACUCACUCAAAGACUAAGUCAAGCUACAAAUAUAGAGAGACUGUGGAUUUGUAUAAUUAUCUCCUCAGUAUCAACCUAGCCACCGUGAACUAUGAAGUAUCUGACAAAACAGAGACUGCUUUUGUAUGCCACUUGGAUGACCAGAGGAGAGCUGCUGCUGCUCUCCUGCCUUUACCCUGCAUCACACUGUUCUGAGUGUACUUCAAAAUAUCAAUCGCCAAAGAUGGUAUUGUUAGGCAUUCCUAGUGCAAAUUUUUUUAAACUUACUGUACUAGCCAGUGUUUCAAACAAUAGGCAAUUUAUACUGGGAGGUUUGAAAUUCUGACCUGCAACAAAUUCUUUGUAGGUCACUUUUUAAACAUCAAAUUCUCUAGGGGAUAAAUUUCAAGUAUGAUACUCAGGGAAUAAUGUUUUAUUAGCAGCAGUUAUAGUCUUCCUUUCAUUAUGCAUGCACAGCACUAAAAAUUGAUCUGCACUCUGUGUGAAAUGGAACUGAAUAUACAGAAAGAUGUUUUACCACAUGCAUUUUUAAAUGCACCCAGAAAGUUAGAAGGGGCGUUUUUUUUAGGGGAGGGGUGUUUGUCUUUGUUUUGGGGUUUUUUCUAUUUUUUGGAUUCAUGUGUUCAGUAGCUCAUCAGUCUCUUUUUUGCUUUGAGAUCUCAGCAGCAAUAGCAAUAUUGACAAAUCAGCAAUGCAGAUUUAUCCCACUUUUCCUCCCCGCUUCCCUUUGGCUGGCACCAGAAUUUUUGGUCGUGUUUCAGAAAGAGAUUUAAAUAGCCUCCAUAAGUGUCAGGACCAUUGGGCUGAACUAGAAUGUGUCACUCAUUGCUAAUUAGGCUUAAGCACUGAUUUUGAUUAAUGGACAAGUUUGAGAAACAUUCAGUUUUUAAAAAAAACUUGUGCGGAUAGCUAGAAAUGGUAACGAGAGUAGAGAUUGGUCCCUUAUCUUUAUUACUAAGGAUUGUUGGUUAGGAGUUCACCUGAAUGAGGAAAACAUUCAGUGCCCUUUUAAACAAGAACUGUCUCCUAACAGAUUUUUCUUAACUUUCUUUAAGCCACAUCUGAUCUUUAAUGUAUAAAACUCUAUAGGCCAGAUUAUCAACUGGCAUAAUUGGUGGCACUCCAUUGAAGGCAUUGGAGCUUCACUGAAUUUAUGCUGAGAAUCUGGCCUUACCUAUUUCUAAUAUCCUUUUGCCUAGUCAUCACCUUCACAGCUCCUUCACUGCCAGGCACAGGAGCUGUUACCAUGGCCCUGAGCCACCAAAUGAUCCCUCAACAUUAUGGAAACCCUCAGCAGAAACUCUUUUGUGCCACAUUGUGGCGAGGUCCGUACUGUCCGUCCCUACGGCACCCCCCCUUCUCUUAGGGUAUGUCUACACUACCCUCCUAGUUCGAACUAGGAGGGUAGUG